CUAGAAUUCUUUUCUACAUCAAACUCCAACAAGAAAAAUCUCCGUCUAGUAUUCACUUUGUGACAUUCUCCAUGGCAUUGUCUACUAAAGCUUUCUUUGCUUCCUCCAAUCCUCCAGUUGCUCCAAAAAGAAUUCCACAAACUGGCAAUGCAAACCCAUUUAGCCUGACCUCUUUGCCUAGUGGUCCCAAAUGGAGCAUUGCCCAUGAGCACGCAUUGGCUUCUACACCCUUAAAGCGUCAAAACUAUGGAAUUAAAUAUGACACAGGUGAUUUUAGUCUCAAACACGCUAAAAAAUUGAAAGUAUGCGGACAUCUGCUGAGGGAACUAGGAGAAAAUCCAGUUGAAGGUCUAAAAAUGAUUGAUGCUGUCCAACGCUUGGGCAUAGACUACUAUUUCCAGGAGGAGAUUGGAACAAUUUUACAUAGGCAAUAUGUAGAAUCUAGUGCUCAUGAUGACUCUGGUCAUUGUCUAAAUGAGGUUGCACUACGCUUCCGCCUAUUGAGACAACAAGGAUACCAUGUACCUGCUGAUGUAUUUAACUGCUUCAAAGACAAGGAGGGAAUGUUUAACAAAGAAGUGAAAGAAGACAUCAAUGGAUUGAUGGGUUUAUUUGAAGCUUCACAGCUAUGUAUAGAAGGUGAAAACACACUUGUUGAAGCUGGAGACUUUAGUCGGCAGCUCCUAAAUGAAUGGAUGAGCCAUCUUGAUUACAACCAAGCCAAAGUUGUAGGAAAUACUCUGAGGCAUCCUUAUCACAGGAGCUUGGCAAGGUUUAUGGCCAAAAACUUUUUUGAUAAUAUCCAAGGGACAAGUGGAUGGUUUAAUGAUUUUCAGCAAUUAGCAAAAAUGGAUUUCAAUGUGGUCCAAUCAAAGUACCGAAAAGAAAUUGUUCAAAUUUCCAAAUGGUGGAGUGAUCUUGGGUUAGCUGAGGAAUUAGAAUUUGCCAGGGACCAACCACUUAAAUGGUACAUUUGUUCCAUGGCCUGUCUUACAGAUCCAGAGUUGUCAGACCAAAGGAUUGACCUCACAAAACCCAUUUCUUUUAUCUACAUAAUAGAUGACAUUUUCGAUGUUCAUGGCACACUUGAGGAACUCACUCUCUUCACAGAAGCUAUCAACAAAUGGGAUUUUACUGGUCUUGAGCAAUUACCCGAAUACAUGAAGAUUUGCUUCAAUGCUCUUAGUGACAUUACAAAUGAAAUUAGCCACAAGAUAUAUCAAAAGCAUGGAUGGAACCCCCAAGACUCACUAAGAAAGACGUGGGCAACUUUGUGCAAUGCAUUCCUAGUGGAAGCACGGUGGUUUGCUUCUGGGCACUCACCAAAAUCAGAAGAAUAUUUGAAGAAUGGAGUUAUUAGUUCUGGGGUACAUGUGGUACUAGUUCACAUUUUCUAUCUUUUGGGUCAACAUAUGACCAAAGAAACUACAGCUAUUGUCGAUAGCAUUCCGGACAUUAUGUCUUCUGCGGCCACAAUUCUUCGGCUCUGGGAUGACUUGGGAAGUGCCACAGAUGAGAGUCAAGAUGGGCACGAUGGAUCGUACAUAGAGUACUAUAUGAAGGAACACCAAGGCUCUUCUGUCAAUGAGGCAAGAGAGAAGGUUGUCAACAAGAUUUCUGACGCAUGGAAGCGACUUAACAAAGAGUGUCUGUCUCCAAAUCCAUUUCCAGAAACGUUCACUAAGGCUUCUCUUAAUCUUGCAAGAUUAGUUCCUUUGUUGUAUAGUUAUGACGACAACCAUAGCCUUCCAAGCCUUGAGGCUUAUAUGAAAUCCAUGUUUUAUGAGACUGUGUCUGUGCAGGGCAUCCAAAAAUAAAAUAAAAUAAAAUUCAAGCUUUUAUUACUAUAAAACUUAUAUGUACCUAAUUAUAACAAUAAAAUAAGCACAAGAUUUGGAAAAGUGUUCA